AUGUCUGAGUCGGCUGCGAGUGAGAACACAAAGUCCUUUCUCGAAGGGCUGGAGCCAGCAGGGGAUGUGCUUCACGACACGUGGUGCGAGAGGAUGACUGAGGCUAUGGUGCAGAUGAACACUCGCUACGGCGGGCCGGAGAGUUAUCUUAGAGCCAGGUUUCAGGGUCGUGCCGACUAUGUCGAGUGGCUGGAGUACCUGGUGCACCUCGUCCCCACGGAUUGCAACCACUUCGAGUUUGAUGCUGAGACGGGCGGGGUUAGCAUGGACGGACUGGGUCAGGUGGUUCCCAAGAUCUUCCACCUGGCAUGCUUCAGCUAUGCCAAAGAGUCUAGCAUCAAAGGCCCCUCGGAGAAUGACACUGUGCGGCUCAUCUUCCAGGAGAUCCUGAAAGACGGGUUUGUGACGGCUGGCGACCCAAUCCUGCUUCUGUUGUCUGACCUGGCUGUGGAAAGCCUGGACGAGGAGAAACUUGGCAUUCCGUGGACAGCGGGUGUGGGCCGACCGAUCCUUCGGCCGUUUUCCGUUGGGUACUACAAGGGAAAGACACGAGUCAUGACCUUGAUGGCUCUGCUGUCCAUGGCCAGAGACUCGUCAAUGGACAACUACCACGAUGUCCAUCCGAAGCUCCUCGAAACCUUGAGGUGCAUGCAUGGUCAUGUUAUCGCGGCAGCUUCGAAACGUGAGCAGAUGCUUGGCAACUUCAAGUUGAGUGUGAGAGGGAGCAUCAGAAAGGCUCCGAACAUCAUGAGCCUCGUCAGCACGGCAGUCAGCAUCCAUUCAUGUCACACUGUCUGUUCUGUCGUUUGCUGCUGUGGCCCGAUUAUGCUGAGUACCUGGGUCACCACCAUCCAGAAGUUGCGGGUUCACGAGCCAACCCUGGACGUUCAAGAGCUGAUCCGCGAGAACAACAACCGCAACUCCAAAGCUGGCCAGUUGCUGGCGAGCAAAGCAACAGCCGUGAAGAAUAUCAUGGAGCUCUUCGACCCCUCGGCAGUGGAUGCCAUCGUGGACUACACAGUGGAAGUGGGCCACGAACACACCCCGUGGUCAGACGACAGCCUAAGCUCGAAGAAGACAUUGUUCAAGUCGCAAGCCGGGCCUGUGUGGCAAGCCCGGGGAAAGGUCAGCAAGGAGAGCAACCGUGUCAUGGCAACUCGGAAGCAUGUGGCAGAAGACAAGAAUUUCUCUCUGAGCCCCCGUGCCCAGUGCCAGGUGCUCCGGCAGAUCAGUCUGUCAAGGGCUCUGCCGGAAGCCUUGCGGCGAAAAAUGGAUCGCCAUCAAACGGAAGCUAUAGCCGAGGAGGCAGCUUUCGUGACAACGAUCGUUCGCGAGGUGAAGGCCCUCCUACCGAUUUCCGACACUUUGCUCCAGGAAGAAUGGACUAACAAAUACAUUAGCGGCGAUUCGGGGGUGCUGCUGGAGGUUCAGAGUGCCAUUCUUCAGCGAGGGUGUGCUACGUGCCGUGACUUGGGCACCAUAAAUGCCAUCAUGAGCCAUCAUGCAGAGAAUGUGCCGGUCGUGUCGGGCGGGCCUGCCACACAGAUGGCUCAGCUUGAGCAAGAGACCUUCGACUUGAAGCUGAAGCAGCUGCAGUACGACCUGCAGUGCUUGAGAGUGGCGAAAGCCAAAAGGGCGACAUGGGAGAGCCAGGUGUACCAUGCCAAGCUGGAGUUCAGGGUGGCUCGCUACCAGGAGUCUGCCAAGCAUGCCAAGAACUUCAUGGACCAAUGCUGUAGCAUCAUUCACUACAACAAGCCGGAGACUUUGAUUCACGGUAUGCAGAAUUUCCAGAAACACACAUUGGAGAAGCAUGCCCUGGAUCUCAACUCGUCGGUGCAUUGCUGCAAGGCCAGCACGGUCUUUCUGAACUGGAGUGCACCGUGCACCAUCAAGAAGGGGGCCAGGUCGGCCCAGAUUGCAGCCUCGCAGCAUGUGCUUGCAUGCUCCGACAAGAGCAUCGGUCUGUUGCUGCAGCCGGAGUUCACCUACAAGAAGAAUCAGCUUUGGAUGUUGGAGAAUUUUGCUAUGAAAGACCUCGCUGCAGCAGGCAUGUCCCUCGACAGGAGCUUCAUUCUCAUGUUCAAGGAGAAGGUGGAUGCCCGAGACAACUUGCGGCCACUCAACUACAGAGGCCGCAUCCUUGAGGGUGCGAUCUCCAAGGUGGCUGCCAGAGAUCAUGUGUUCAAGAACUCGCCGAUCCUCAGGGAUGGUCGCACGGAAGUGGCGACCCAGGUGUCAGCCAAAGAUCUCCUCGUCAUCGAAACCGCCGACGACACGAACCCGGACAAUUGCCUCAGCGAAGACGACCCGAUCCAGGGCGGGAAGAAAGUCGAACAGAUCGGCUGCAAUGCUUGCGAGAAAAUUCUGAAUGGGAUCCUCGACGGCAUGCAGAUCACUGGGCGGGCUUCCGUGUUCGUCAUAGACCUGCAUAUGACUGUUGGCAACAUGUUCGAAGCUUUCGUGAAGCUCCGGUCGAAGUUUAACUUCCCGAUCUUCUACAUUGGUGCUACCGACGAUGAGGAGACCCUGGACUGGUUCAAGGAGCACAAGACCGACUGGCUUGCCCGGCUGCUACUCAACAAGGACAUCACCAUCGCUGGCUACAGCCCCGGCUCGGACGAGAUCCCAGCAGACCUGUUGGAGAAAGAGCCGGAGCUUCCUAGAUUGAACUUGGUCACCCCAACGAAAGAGCUGUACCCGAAGAUUCCGCCGAGCCUGGUGCAGGAUCUUGUUGUGCAUGCAGUGAACUCUGGCAUGACCUUGGGUUUGCACAUUCUUCUCACCCCAAGAUGCCCCCCCUCCCGCGAGGAGUGGUCGACACAUGCUGUUCACGGAGAGCAGUUUCGGAAAUUCCUAGAUUCCAUCGUUGAGGAAUUUGGUGCAGAGCCCACCGCUGACGAGGAGGCCCAGAAGGAGGACAAGACCGGGGCCGAUGCAGUGCCCAAAGCGGGAGCAGUUGCCAGCAAAAAGCGCCGGACCUCGUCGGGGCUGCCCACAAGCAACAAGCGACAGAAGGUGGAGAAAUCCCUAUCCAUCGAAGAGUUGGGCAAGGGCAGCUUGUUGGUGGAAGUGCCUAUGGUCAACUGCAAGAGCGGGUCUAUGUCGCUCCACAUCAAGAUUGGCAACAAGCCGUACAUCUUCAACAACGGAACAGGUGAUGCUUCGCUCAAAGCCGGAUUGAUCCUCGCAGGCUACGGCAAGGCCAAGUUCAGGUUUGCCGGCGGCGAGAGCCCCGAAGGCGACCCGGAAAAGGAGGUGCAGUACAAGCUGACUGGACCUGAUGACCUAGUGCUGCACAACGGCCAGCUGCAAACCCUCGGCCAAGUCGUGGAUGCACAGCGGUCCAAGGUGCCUGUCAUCAAGAUCGCCUAUCACAAGCUGACUGACAGCCCCAAGGACGGAGUGCCCGGUUUCUUUACCGUCGAGAACACUCAGACGGUCUGGUACUCCCCCGUUUCGGGAGGAGCACCAGUCUCAGAAGCUGCUGAGGCUAAAGCUACCACAGCACAGACCACUGCUGCCCGCCUCCUUCCCAAUGUUCAUUGGGUGACCGAUUGCUCAGCCAUCGUGUUCUCCGUGAAGUGGUUGGCGAAUGGACUUUUUCCUGUGAGAGCACAACCGGUUUUGAUUGCAGACUGCGAUCUAGGACCGGGCCGUGCACUCGAGCUGUGCCAGGCUACCGCGAAGUAG